CACAACAUGGCUGCUUGUUGCCAGGCGAUAGCGGACUAUAAAACAGCGUCCCGCUUUUGCUCGCAACAAUAUCCCCGAGCUCUCGUCUAAGGUGAACAAGAUCUCUUCAGGAGUCAUGCGUGAAUGUAUCUCCGUCCACGUUGGCCAGGCUGGUACCCAGAUUGGCAAUGCAUGCUGGGAGCUGUAUUGUCUGGAGCACGGCAUUCAGCCGGAUGGGCAGAUGCCCAGUGACAAGACCAUCGGAGGUGGAGAUGACUCCUUCAAUACGUUCUUCAGCGAGACCGGCGCUGGCAAACACGUUCCCAGGGCAGUCUUUGUGGACCUGGAGCCCACGGUCAUCGAUGAAGUGCGUACGGGAACGUAUCGUCAGCUCUUUCAUCCUGAACAGCUGAUCACAGGGAAGGAAGAUGCAGCCAACAACUACGCUCGUGGUCACUACACCAUUGGCAAGGAGAUCAUUGACCUGGUUCUGGACAGGGUUCGAAAACUGGCGGACCAAUGCACCGGACUGCAAGGUUUUCUGAUCUUCCACUCCUUUGGAGGAGGAACUGGUUCUGGUUUCACCUCUCUGCUGAUGGAACGUCUCUCAGUGGACUACGGCAAGAAGUCCAAACUGGAGUUCGCCAUCUAUCCGGCUCCUCAGGUGUCGACUGCUGUGGUGGAGCCGUACAACUCCAUUCUGACCACGCACACCACCCUGGAGCACUCGGACUGCGCUUUCAUGGUGGACAACGAGGCCAUCUACGAUAUCUGUCGGAGGAACCUGGACAUUGAGCGUCCCACUUACACCAACCUCAACAGGUUGAUUGGUCAGAUUGUCUCUUCCAUCACCGCCUCGCUGCGCUUCGACGGCGCUCUGAAUGUUGACCUGACAGAGUUUCAGACCAACCUGGUGCCCUACCCGCGCAUCCACUUCCCCCUGGCGACCUACGCCCCCGUCAUCUCGGCAGAGAAGGCGUACCACGAGCAGCUGUCUGUCGCCGAGAUCACCAACGCUUGUUUCGAGCCAGCCAAUCAGAUGGUGAAAUGCGACCCUCGCCACGGCAAGUACAUGGCGUGCUGCCUGCUGUACCGCGGCGACGUGGUGCCCAAAGAUGUCAACUCCGCCAUCGCCACCAUUAAAACCAAGCGCACCAUCCAAUUUGUGGACUGGUGCCCCACCGGCUUCAAGGUGGGUAUCAACUACCAACCCCCGACUGUAGUUCCUGGGGGAGACCUGGCCAAGGUCCAGAGAGCCGUGUGCAUGCUGAGCAACACCACGGCCAUCGCCGAGGCAUGGGCCCGACUGGACCACAAAUUUGACCUGAUGUACGCCAAGAGGGCUUUUGUGCACUGGUACGUCGGCGAGGGGAUGGAGGAGGGCGAGUUCUCCGAGGCCAGAGAAGACAUGGCGGCCCUGGAGAAGGACUACGAGGAGGUGGGCACGGACACCAUCGGGGAUGAAGAAGAGGAAGAGGGAGAAGAGUACUAAUUGAAAAAACAACUUAUUUAAAUGUGUUUCACUGUAUGGCGUAGUAAUUGUCCAGUCGCUGUAAAAUGCAAUGUCAUGCUUAUCCUGCACUCCUCCAAUUGUAAGGUUGCAUAACAACAGCUCAGGUGAACCAACACGUCCGUUGCUGGGUGACCUGCAAUUAAGACCUCACAAGGACUUUGUCAAAUGAAUUGGUUCAUUGUUCCUGUCCUUAUUCAACAACACACUUUAAUAUUUGGCAAUAAAUCCUUUUAAACCUUA